AUGAACGAUUCGAUGGACGCGACACCGUACGAAGAUGAACCCUCAUCUUCGGGCACCGUCGUAAGCACCCGGCCAGAAGAUGGUGAAAUGAGCCCUUCCGAGAAACCAAUUCGCCGAUCCGCCCGUGAAAUCAGAAGACCAAAAUUCGACGACGAGAUUGUCGAAAGCAUCCCGGACCUCAGAAUCACCACGAAACGACAGGGCUCUGAAAACUCUCUGCACUCGCCCUCCAUUUCCCAAGCCGAACGGCCCGACGAAGAGGAGCGGCAGGAGAAAGAAGAAGAAGCUCAACCUGUGAUGGAGGAAGCGCCGGCUGCUUUGCCUGUUCCGGCUCCCGCGGCCACCAAAACGAAGAGUCCCGAGAAGGAGCAUCCAAAGGUUGCAGAAAAGCUAGAACCAACUACGCCAAAACCAGUCGUCCGGCGAAGGUCGAUAAAAACUGAGAAGGAGGAUGUCCCGGCGCCGUUCAAACAAAUCCCGCAUCAAGCCCCUGUUUAUGAGCCGCCCGAGAAGAAGAUGAGACUGCCAAAGGUUCAAAAGGACACGAAAAUCAAGGAAAUUGCCAUGGCCGCAGAGCUUUUCGAUCACAACGCCAUCGAGCCGCUGAAGAAAUGGUCGGCCAGCGACGACGUGAAGCUUUUGACUGCUGGAGUCCAUGUGUGCGACAUUGCCGCCAUCCAUAUUGGCGUGCGUUUUUCGAAGAGCUUCACGCUUUCAGAGAUUGAAGAGAGGUGGUACCAACUGAUGUACGACGACGUUCAGAAUAAGGUGGCGCGAAAGAGGUUCAGCGAGAUGAAGCCGGAAGAUAUUCAAAAAAUUCAGAGUAUGACAAUCUUCACGGUGGCCGAAGAGGACCUGAUAAUUGCUUUUGCGGCCUCUCGGGCUAAUGUGCCGCAACUGGAGGAUUUUGAGCGAUUGCGCCUCGACAAGCACGAAAUCUUUCAUCCAGCGAGGACGGCCCAGGUGCUGCUCGACCACUUUCAUCAGAUGAAAAUGUACGGACUGCUGGACACCACAAAUCGAGACCGUGAGCGACAAUGUGGACUGGAGAAAAUUGAGAAUACGUUUAAUGCGGUCUCCGAUGGCCCAGUGGAUGAGGUUUUGGUCCGAGUCACCUCCCAAAUUGUGGCACGCGACACGGCGCUGAGGAUGUGGUCAAAAGUGUCCCCGCUUCCGGUUACUGGCAUUUGCCGACCAGACCGUUUUGAAAAGGGUGUCUACGCGCGGCUGAAUGGGCGCGUCACGCGUUAUAAUAUUAAAUCGGAAAAAGUAACCCUUGGAAGGAGCACGGCUGAAGCGCAAAUCGACGUCAACCUAGCGCUAGAAGGACCAGCGCUCAAAAUUUCACGCAAACAGGCAGUGCUCGAGCGCCGAUCGGAUGGUUGGUGGCUACAAUGUAUUGGCCAGCGACCGAUGGUCGUCGAUUCCCGCGCUCUUUUGACCGGAGAAAGCACCAGAAUUCACGAUGGGGCCAUUAUUGAAAUAGCAUUCCUGCGACUCCAAUUCCGCUGCGCUACGAUGCUCGAGUCAGGGCCCAUGGACGCCGCGGAAACUGGCUCGAUGGCUGCCGGGACUGCCGCUGCUGCUGCUCGGCAG